ACUUUAUGCCUUAUGGCCUUAUGGCCUUAUGGCCUUAUGCCAUCGGCCACCAAAGGAACAGAGAAGAAGCGAACGAGGCUCGUGCUACUCGUCCAACGAUCUACGGGUUACCUGAUCUUUGUGGGUUUUAUGGUCAACCUUGGUUCAUCCUAAAUUUCCGGAAACUGGCCUGACUGUUUCGAAAUUCCUUUCAAACGGGAUGGAAUUUAAACGUUAAAUACCUGAAUCGUCCUUAUUUUCUCCGUUUACAUGGUUCGUUGUGGUCUGUAUUGAUAAAUGAACAAAGGUACCUAAAUACAUAUAGGUAUACAUUUGAACUCGGGUGCAGAACGGAAGACGGAUUAAUUCGCGACAAAAAUAAUACGAGUUGAAUUGCUUCGAAAGUGAGUUUCUCUACGAGUAAUACGAGUAAUACGAGUAAUACGAGUAAUAAGACAAUGCAUCAUCGAUUUCUCAGGCCUUCCUUCCUCGUGGCCGAGUACGAACGUCGAUCGAAGGCUGCAUUUAUUUGGGUCGCGUAUACCAGCAAAUUAUCUCCCCGAUCCUUCCGCUCUUACAACGUCUCUGACCCUUAUUCUUACUUUCCUAUCAGUCUUUAUCGUGUAUUUAUAGUCGUCUCGCGGUUACUUGUGUAUUGUUUUACCAAUACUCGUUGGAUUUUACGAAAGUGCCUGUUUUUCCAAAAUGUCGAAAAGCACGUCGUCGCGAUCACCAUCUAAGGAAAAGCAGGAAGAUAAGACGGAUCCGGGAGCUAGUAGACACGGGAACUUCAUGAAUUAUUACCAAUUCCAUCCUGCGGAAGAGCGCGUGCGACAACUUCCGUGUGGCGUGUGGCGGUCGGCUCAUCCGGACCGGAAAUACGUAGGCCUAGACGUCGGCUGUAACGCGGGGGAUUUAACGUUCGUGUUGCACGACUUCCUCGAGAAGGCUUUAUCGGCUGAUCAAGCAGAGAUCUCUCUGCUCGGCGUGGAUCUCGAUCCGAUCUUAAUCGAGCGAGCAAGGGAACGCAACCCACGACCAGAUCGUAUUAUUUUCGAGUGUCUCGAUUUUCUAACCGAGGAUCGUAACCGGACACUGUACGAAUACCUUAAACGGUUCGACAAGUCACGCUUCGACGUUGUCUUUUGUUUCUCCAUUACAAUGUGGAUUCACUUGAAUUACGGUGAUAAAGGACUGGUUGAGUUUCUACAGAAAGCAUGUUUGAUCGCUGAAAUGAUCGUGAUCGAGCCUCAGCUAUGGAAAUGCUAUAGAAACGCGUCAAGAAGGCUAAGACGAUCCACGGCAGAGGAUUUUCCUUUGUUGAAAACUCUGAAGCUCACCGGUGAUCCGGCGACUCACAUUGAAAACAUAUUGACGGGACUUUGUAAUUUCCGAAGAGUCACGGUUACAGUGGACAACGAGUGGAAACGAAGACUAUUAAUUUAUGCCAGGACGCGAUCAACGAUCGAUGAUAAGUUUUAAUUCAACUGUUGCUGCUGAGAAUACAAAUGAUAUUGUUUAGUAUGAAAGGCUGACGCGAUUAAAAGAUAAACACAAUUUUCUUAUCUUGCUAUAA